UGUAGAUGUAGAACCGUCGCUCGAAUACCGGUUGUAAAAUAUAGAAAUUUAGUUGGAUGUGACCGUAUCAAAAAUGUCAGCCCCCAUGGAUUUCAAUAUUCUAACAUGCGAACGAUCAACUUUAAAAGAGAAAAUAAAAAUGGCACAUCGUCUUGGCUACAAAGCAGUUGCAAUAAACAUUUUUAUACCAGAGUUAACUCAAACAUCAAAGAAGAAGAAAAGCCAGCAGCAGGAUAUUGCCCCUGCAAAGAGUCUCAAAUUGAGUGAUCUGGAGCUUCAGGAAUUGUUAGGGCCCACAUGGAAAUCCUUUCGACAACUGACCCGAAUAUCUGCCACUCUCGCAGAUGUGCAGCAUAACUUUGUCAUGUCCACAGACAUCGUUCAGCAGUAUGACCUUGUAGCUGUGCAGCCAACCACAGACAAAACUUUCUACCAAGCCUGUACAGCCCUGAAUGUUGACAUUAUCACUCUUGAUGUCACAGAGAAGCUACCAUUCAAACUGAAGAGGACCACUAUUAAUGCUGCCGUGCAGCGAGGUAUCAAGUUUGAGUUCCAGUACAGCCCGGCUAUCCGAGACUCUACCUUGAGAAAGUACUUUAUCGCAAAUGCUCAGCAGUUUGUCUUCUGUGACAUAGGCAAGAAUAUCAUUCUCACGAGCGGCUGUGAAAAGGCAAUGGAGUUACGAGGUCCCUAUGAUGUGGCAAACUUAGGCAGCCUACUGAACCUGAAUGCUGCCCAGUCAAAGGCUGCAGUGACCUCAAACUGUGAGGCCCUGCUUAAACACUCAGAAUCUCGAAGACUCAACAAAUCGGUUUCCAAGGUUGAGAAGCUGGAGGAAAUCCCUGGCAACGAGACAUGGUUGUUGGACAAACUGAGGGUUCAUUCAAGUCUUGAGAGUGUGAAUGGAGGAUCCAGGGACAUAGCUGGUAUUCAUGGCAUCGAUUCCAGUGACGAGGAAACAAGUGUGGAUGGACCAGCAGCAAAGAAAAUAAAACUUGUACAAACCUGAACUUCGUAUUCAAAAUGUUCAGACAUAACACUAUUUUCGCUUGAAUAUUAUUUUAACUGUCGUGAUUUUCUGUUAGCGCAUUAUUAACACAUUACAUUGUCCUUAAAGUUUGUUAUGAUCAGAGUUUUCAAUUGAAUGUUGACUUUUAUUGAUAUGAAAAACUAGUCGUCUACAUAUGCUGUAUAUUCAUCUUCUCAUACAUGUUCCUGGGUCACAUAUGCUAAAUAAGUUGUUCACCAAAAAAAGUGUAAUUUAGCUAUUAAUAUUACAAAAUCCUUUAAAAAAUCUGUUAAAUAUAAGAUGACAGAAAAAAUACAUUUUUCCAUAUUGCAAAUAUGUCUGUUUAAUCUACUUUAUCUGGUAACUUCACUUAAGUAAAACACAAGCAGUUUAGGGCCUUAGGCAAAAAUUUUCUUUUGACCUCCAAGUAUGACUGUGCCGUUUGAGGUAAUGAGACAAUGUUACAAACAACGCUAACUCUCACCAUGAUUGUCAUUUGUGGUACCAUAUUUAUAAAUUGGAUGAUGAAAGACAAUAUUGCAUUAA